AUGCAAACCAUAUCGAAAACCAGCUCAUUGUUCUGCUCGACUCCAUUUUGCUUUCAACCGAAAAAUCAAACUUAUGUUCGUCGUCUUCCAUCAGAAUCUAAUAAACCAUUCUGCUUUCGACCACGUGUUCAUGGUGUUGGUGGAUCACUUAGUGUUUGGGACGCCAUAACAGCUAAAGUAGUUGGUCCUUUGGUUUUUUAUGAUAGCCGACUGAACCAAUGGUCGGCAGUAUCACCAGACUUCAACGUUAUUGAGAAUCUUUGGGGUAUAAUUGAGAAAGGACUGACCUAUUAUAGAUUAACUAAUAUUAGUGAUCUUCAACAAGCCAUUGUCAAGAUAUGGGAAGGAAUAUCGGUCAGAUUAUGUGAAAAUCUCGUUCGAUCGAUGCCUCAACCUAUGAAACAAUCAAUUCGACUUAGAGGACAUACAUCAUCGAAAUAUUGA